GGGGGAUGACGGAGUCGCUCUCGUGGCUGCCGGAAACGGCCAAAAGCUGCAAGUGAAGAGCUGCCCAAAAUCCAUCUUUCUAUUCAGAAGGUGCCACCCUGUUUUCGGCGGUUCGCCCUGCCAUUGUUCCCAACCCCGACGUUUGGUUUUUUAGCGACGACGGAAAUGGAAAUCGAGAAUGCGCCUUCUUUGUCUUCAAACUUCCCACUCAACUCAAUCCUGAGCACGUCUGGAAGUGAAUCAGUCGCACCGCUUGCCAAUUUCGCCACCACCCUCGACCCAAGUCCGGCAACUUGUCACGCUUCGGUCGACAACAUUAACCUCCUCGUCUCCUUUUCCUGUGUGAUUCUCUAGGAUAGCUAUGAAGUUCAGUACCCCACCUCCGCCGCAUAGGCCAAGGAUUCUGGAGUCAAUCACCGCUUUGGGGGAUUCACCCAUGUCGAUACCCGAUUCGCAAGGCACAGACGACGUGGAAAUGCAGGAUACAGAUUGGACCGAAAGCGUUGGGGAUGGGAUGUUAUACGACAGCCCAUACCACCCUUCGACCGAGACUGGUCAUGACACCGCCCUCCGAGGUGGUGUAAUAUACCCACCACCGAAUCUCGUUUGGGCUCGAAAGGUGGCCGUGGCUUCGCACAAGGAACAGCAACGAGAGUAUGUUCAGUAUGACAAUGACGAGGCGGAAAUCGACUACGAGGACCUUGAAGAUGGAUACGAGGACGACGGCUACAGCACCAGCAGUGACUGGGACGACUAUGGUACACUUCCGCUGACCGUGGGCGAGUACGACGAGGCUGUGGCCGGCAUGGAGGGCAGUGAUGGCUGGAAUGCGGACCAAAAGAAGUUACACAAACUGAUCUACAUGCGCGGUCUUCAUCCCAUGAUGCCGUCGUGGUGGAGAGUGAACUUCAAGAUGUGGGGAAUCACGCAACCACAUCUCGACCACGUCUUCACGCCCAAGCAUAGCAAGAAGCGUGUGGCUAUCCAUGCAUAUGGGAACGAAGUAGCUGCGGGCAAAGCACUCGAGUCCCUAUUCUAUCUCUCCCAAACAGUCACCGACUACGAGGAGAUUGGGUACCAGGACAAAAUUGCCAAAACCGUAGUAAGGGGCAUCCGAAACUACAUCAAAUGGGCCAUGCGGGAUGUCGGGAUCGACAUGCGUAAAACGCAGCUCAACUUGCUGGUGCAAGCGUACCCGCCGGAUUUCCGAGCCGACGACGACUCCGAGGCGGUAGAAAGCGAUUUUGCCCCCUCGCCCGUCAGUAGCAACGAAGACCAGGAAGUCGAGAUGUCGGGCAACGAUGAGCACAAAGACAACGUCGUCGAGGUUUUCGAGGCCACCGAAGCGCAGCGCGCCAGACAGUUCACGCAUGCCGUUUCGCGAGAUCUCGAGAGGAGAUUACUGAACAUGGGCCAGCGCUGGCGCGACCGGCUGCGGGUCAAGGGGGGCAAGGGCUUAAUCGCAGCGCCCCCGACCCUGUAUGCCUUUGCUGUCAUCCAGCAUAUUGCUAUGCUUGCCAGCCACGAUCCGAGCUCCUCGACGAACCCGGUUGUCGUCCUGGAGCAGGUGCACUUGAAUGAUCGUGGCAAGUGGCUAUGGAAUGCCCUGUCCAUCGCUCUUCCCGUCAACAUGGCGAGGGAUGCCCUAAACGGUAUGUGGGAGACGGGUGUUGUUGUGGCGGAGCAUGGUGACCAAGGGACGGACCCCGAUCUGUGAGGUGGAGGGGAGGGUGGAAAUGGGUGAUGUUCAGUCUCAUCGCUGGCUUGAAGUUUCAGUUUGCUGGGAGGUAGAGAGAUACCUUGAUAAGUCAGGAGUUAUAUACCCAAGCGUUAGUUUAUACUAGUGCGAUAUUAACGGACUGGCGGUGGUGUUGGACUGGGUUU